CGUCGGGGUGCCUACUUGGAUUGAAGUGUGACGAAAGGAUUGAGAUCGGGGAGUCAAGCCGCCGGGGCGCAGGAUGCUGCAACAGGGCUACUACGAUGUGGUCGUGCAGGCACACUCGGAAGUGUCGUCCGGAAGUAGUGAGUCGAACAAUAAUACGCCCUUUUCCGUGAAGGAUAUCCUGAAUUUGGUGGGCCAGAAUGCAGCGGCGGCGGCGGCAGCGGAAGCGGAUUACCUCGGAUGUCAGAUGGAAAGCUCAUCAUCCCACCUGGGCCUAACCUACAGCGGAUAUGACAAUACCUACCCCACCCACAACGACCCCUACCAAAUGAUCCCCCACGGUUACAUACCUGCCUCCCACUCUUCGUCACACCAUCACGACUACACAAACUACAGCCCAUCCCCAACGGCCUGCUACGAUUAUAAUGUCCCUGCAACGCCUACUCAUCCUCCCCACUACCACCACCCUCACGGAGGUCAUCCUUCGGCGGUCCUCCCACCGUACAGUUCCUACCCUUCAAAUCAACACCUGCAUCCCCACCACCAUCAGCAGCAGCAACAUCCACAGCCCUCUACCUCCCCCUCCUCCUCAUCCCCAAUGUUGUCAUCCGGAACGAUUCCCGGCACACACCAGUUGUCAUCGUCCGACAUAGACCCCAUGUCUCUGGGGGUCAUCGUCGACACCAAGGACUGUCUGUUCCACAUCGAAGAGGUCCGCUCGAUUAACCCGUCAGCUGCGGAAGCCGGCAUCGCCUCCGGAAGUUCCACCCCACAAACCCCGACCCGAAAGGCCAACGACGAAACGCCCUUCACUCCGAGCAGUUCGAGCAGCUCGCGGGUCACGUCGGAACAUGUACAGGAGUUGGACAGCUUGUGCCAGAUGAACAACGCAACUGGAGAGGAAGAGGCGUUAAAGACAGAAGAGUGCAACUCCCAGCUGGUGACCUCGUCCCGUUGCGAACUCCGCAAGAACGGCAAGCUCCGUGCCAAGCGGAAACCCCGAAUUCUGUUCUCCCAGGGCCAAGUGCUGGAACUGGAGCGACGCUUCCGGCAGCAGCGCUAUCUGUCCGCUCCGGAACGGGAAACGCUCGCCGGAAUGCUGAAGCUAACGCCCACCCAAGUCAAGAUCUGGUUCCAGAACCGUCGGUACAAAUCCAAGCGGAUCCAGAUUGAGAACGCAACCGCCGUGAAGGAAGCGGCGAGCGUCAGCAAGGAGGCGGCGGAAAAGCUCAAGGACGUUUCGAUGGAGUUUCCGGAAGAUUCGGUUGGUGGUUACUCGGGAGGGUUUGGAAGUGCCAUGGCAGCGGUUCCGCCGCCGCCGCCCUAUCCGGCGUACGGAAUGCAGUACGACCAGUACGGGCCACCGCCGAAUCCGUACUACGACCAGAAGGGAUACUGGUAGAAGGGAGAAGUGUUGCCAGCUGUAAAUAGUGUUACUUUGAUAGCUUUAACGAAAAGAAACCAAAAACCAAAGAAGGCAAACCAAAAUCGUUCAAGCGUUAGUUUUA